AAAUAAAUUUCUAAGAGGAAGACUGAAAAACUGAGAGGAUGUUUCUGCGUCUUUUUCUUUUCAUUGAAAAUAAAGCCACACAGAGGAUUCUGGGGUACAAACACGCCUCUGAAUGGAAAGUGGAAGAGUGUCUCUGGAAUACCAGCUCAAAGAUUCCUCAAACAGGCUUCCCAUUUCUCCUGUGAGCCAUGGCUGAAAGAAGACUCCUUCCCCAGGAGGAUGACCAGGGUUCCCUGCUGUCCAGAUUGGGCACCGACAGCCCUAAACCCCGGGUGAAGUUCGGAGGGAUGUUCUGCAACAUCGAAGGAGCUUUCGAGAACAAGACCUUGAAUUUUGAGUCGUACAGUCCCAGUUCUGCCAGAAGAAACCCUCGGGGACGGGUGGACGAUCAGAGGGACAAUUUCAGCGACACGUCGAGCCUGAGUGACUUCAGCAGCGUGAGUGAAAAGGUGCGCACCCCGUCCUGCAGCUCACAGGGUCAGACCCUCGUGUACCCCACCGGACCCGGUCGCGCGCAGAACGGGCGACGAGAGAGCGAUAAACUCAUUAUUAAAGGCGGAAAAAUCGUAAAUGAUGACCAGUCAUUUUAUGCUGACAUUUAUAUUGAAGAUGGAACCAUUAAGCAGAUUGGUGAGAACCUCAUCGUACCAACUGGUGUGAAGACAGUGGAUGCCUACGGGCACAUUGUGAUCCCGGGAGGCAUCGAUGUGAACACCUGUCUACAGGCCCCUCACCUGGGCAUGACCCCCGCAGACGACUUCUACCACGGCACCAGAGCUGCUCUAGCGGGAGGAACCACCAUGAUCAUUGACCAUGCUGUACCUGAACCAGGAGCUAGUUUACUGGCGGCGUAUGACCAGUGGAGGGAUACGGCGGACAAGAGGUCGUGCUGUGACUACUCUCUGCACCUCGACAUCACUCGCUGGCAUGAUGGGCUGUUUGAGGAGCUGGAGCAUCUGGUCAAAGAUAAAGGUGUCAACUCCUUCCUAAUCUUCAUGGCUUAUAAGGACAAGUAUCAGAGCUCUGAUACACAGAUCUAUGAGAUGUUUAGUGCCAUGAGGGAACUGGGUGCAAUCGCUCUGGUUCAUGCUGAAAACGGUGACAUCAUUGAGGAGGAACAGAAGAAGCUUUUGGAUCUGGGAAUCACCGGCCCAGAAGGACACGUCCUGAGCCACCCGGAGGAGGUGGAGACUGAGGCUGUGUAUCGAGCCGUCACCAUUGCUAAACAGGCCAACUGCCCUCUCUACAUCACAAAAGUGAUGAGCAAACCAGCUGCUGAUGUCAUCGCCAAGGCCAGGAAAAAGGGCAUGGUCAUCUACGGAGAAUCAAUCGCAGCCGGCCUGGGAGCGGACGGAUCGCACUACUGGAGCAAAGACUGGGCCAAAGCUGCUGCAUUUGUGAUGUCUCCUCCGCUCAGCCCCGACACGAGCACACCGGAGUACCUCAGCUCACUGCUGUCCUGUGGGGAUCUUCAGCUGACGGCCAGCGCUCACUGCACUUUCAGCACGGCACAGAAAGCUGUUGGAAAGGACAACUUCACCCUCAUCCCAGAAGGGACCAAUGGCAUCGAGGAGCGGAUGAGCAUCGUCUGGGACAAAGCUGUGGCAACGGGUAAAAUGGACGAGAAUGAUUUUGUUUCAGUAACGAGUACAAAUGCUGCAAAGAUCUUCAACCUGUAUCCUCGGAAAGGCCGAAUUGCUGUUGGAUCUGAUGCUGACAUUGUUAUCUGGAACACCAAAGAGACGAAAAUCUUCUCUGCCAAAUCCCACAACCUGACUGUGGAGGUGAAUAUCUUCGAGGGAAUGGAGUGCCGAGGUUUCCCUGUGGCGGUCAUCAGUCAGGGCAGGAUCGUUCUGGAGGACGGGAAACUCAAUGUGACAGAGGGGUCAGGCCGCUUCAUCCCCAGAAAAGCCUUUCCGGACUUUGUCUUCAAGAGAAUCAAGGCCAGAGGCAGGAUGGCUGAUGCCCGUGGGGUUCCUAGAGGAAACUAUGAUGGCCCUGUUCAUGAUGUCAUCAGUAUGACCAAAUCUGUGCCAGCCACUCCCACCACUAGAGGGCCCUCGUGUCCAGGAAAGACCCCACUGGGACCAGCACGAAAUCUGCACCAGUCUGGGUUCACUUUAUCUGGCACUCAGAUGGAUGACCACAUCCCCAGGCGUACAUCACAGAAGAUCGUAGCGCCACCUGGAGGCCGUUCCAAUAUCACAUCCCUCUCAUGAGUCUCGUCCACCAGGGGAUCCAACAGCAGCCGUUUCGCCUUCUUUGGCUUCCAGUUUUAUAUCACCUGAAUCAUGCAAAUAUUCGUCACAAUAAACCCAUAAACCCUGCCGACCCAAUAGGCUAUGCAGCAACUCACUAUAGCUUUCCAUGAAUUCAUAUUCACUAUAUAAUCUGUCUCUCCUCUGGCCAGACUCACUCAUAAUGUAGCAUGCUCUUUUAUCAGAGUCACCCAGAAUCCAUUCUGCUUAAGCGUAGCAUUGAUGGCGUAAAGACGGCUAGUGAUUGUUGUGUUUGUGAACUACUGAAUGAACUACUGAACCCAUUCUAGUACUGCCUUUCAACCAGUGCUGUCCUCCUGCGACAUUAGAUUCAGACGAGACGCUUAAAGGAGAAGUGUGUUUUCUAUGGAAGCCUGUUUAUGCCACAAAGUAAAAACAAAUUAUAAAAAUAAAAGCUUUUUCCUCACAAUUUUGACUUUUUACCCUCAAUUAUUAGUUUAUAUGUUACAGUUCUGAGUUUUAACUUGCAAGAAUGUAACUGCGAAAACAGCUUAAUUUGAGAUAGUAUAAUUCAGAAUCGCAAGAUAUAAACUCACAAUUGAAAAAUAUAUUGUAAUGGUAAGAUGUAAACAUGGAAUCCUGGGGAUUAUAGAUAUACUAUACAGUAUAUAUAGAUAUACUAAGAAUAAUAUAUUAGAUCAUUAAUGAAUUAUGAGGUAUAAACUCAGAAUUGUGGGAUGUCAGUUUGGAAUUCUGAGGGGAAAAAAAUAUGAGAUAUACUCAAAUUGGUGAAAUGUCAGUUUGGAAUUAUGCAAAAAAAAAAAAAGAAUUAUUAGAUAUACUCAAGUUGGUGAAAUGUCAGUUUGGAAUUCUGAGGGGAAAAUUUUAUUAUGAAAUAUAAACUCAAAAUUGUGAGAUGUAAACUUGGAAUUCUGAGGGGGAAAUCUGAAUUAUGAAAUAUAAACUUAUAAUUCAGAUUUUUUUUCUUCUCAGAAUUACAAGAAACAAGUCAUAAGUACCUUUUAUUCAGUGGUGAAAAUGGGUUUUCACAGUUUUCUGCACCAGUAGUGAUGCAAAAUUGACACUUCAUCUUUAAGAGAUUGUGUUUUGUCUGUGCUUUAAAGAAAAAUCGAGAGCUACCUACUGAUGGUCUUAUUGCUAAGAUAUAUAUAUAUAAAGAAACCGUUAUUGUUAGGUUUGUCCAUGUAUCUGAGACUAGAGCAAAAAAAAAAAAAGGAUUGUAGACUUCUGCCUCUAACUGCAUUCAUGAUUUACCGUUUAGUUUUGAAGGCUAAGACUCAUCACACAGAUACAGCAAUCAGCGAUGCAUUUUUUGUAUGUUUCUAAGACAACGUUUGGUGCUCUCAAUCUAUAGAUCAACACAUGCCAAUGUGUUACUGUGAGGAACAGUCACUUUUUUGAACCCAAAUAAAUGUUUUUAAUUAUUUUGAGGUUUAUACUCCUGUAAUGCAUUUAAUUGCCAACAGUCUUUUUGUAGUCUUAACCUGUAUUUGCUGGAAAUCUCCAUAUUAGACGAUGUCAUUUUCGUGAGAUAUUUCAGAGUUGAAGGUGAAGGUCAGUGAAGCUGAAAGUGAUCUGUGGAUUGUCUUUUCUACCUUCUUGUGUUCAUUCUGUAAAUAUAUUUUUUGUUUUUCAUUUUUGUGCAUGGUUUGCAUGUCCUCAAUAAAAAUACAAUUAAAGAAA